CCCCAUCAUUCAAGAAAUGACCGACGAAAGUCAAGAAGCUCUCUGAGCUCUCUACUCGCUACUCUCUCUCUCCGCGUAGGAUACAAGACUUUUGACACCAAAGCCUUAAAGCUGUGUGCCUCUGUGUUGUUUUGGUUCUCUAUUCCAAUGAUGUCAUCAGCAAAGCAUCAGAGAAACCAUAGAAUCUCUGUUACAAACAAGAACAAGAUUCUCAACACUGUUUCCUCCAUCUCAUCCUCAUCACCAUCAUCCUCAUCAUCUUCUUUACACUCAUCACAAGACUCUCAAGAAGCCCAAAAGAGUUCUUUAAUCACCAUGGAAGAGGUUUGGGAAGACAUCCACCACCUAAACCGCCACAGCCAACAUCCACAACACAACCAUGAGCCAAGGUUCAGGAGCCAUAACCACCAAAACCCUGACUCCAUCUUCCAAGAUUUUCUCAACGGACCUUUGAACCACGAACCAACCAUACCCAUGGGUUCUUCCUCUAAUGGCCAUACCACCACUGUGACUGCUCUCUUCAGCAGUUCUCCUUUGCCACCUCCUGCGACUGUUCUGAGCUUGAACUCCGGUGCCGGCUUCGAGUUUCUUGAUAACCAAGAUCCUCUUGUUACCUCUAAUCUGCAUAGCCACAAUCAUCUCACAGACGUUCCUUCAUUCAACACUUCUCUUGAGGAUUUUACUUGUUUUGGUAAGAAAAGAGGUCAAGAGUCCAAUGAAGGUUCAGGGAACAGAAGACAUAAGCGUAUGAUCAAGAACAGAGAAUCUGCAGCUCGUUCCAGAGCUAGGAAACAGGCUUAUACAAACGAGUUAGAGAUUGAAGUUGCUCACCUGCAGGCAGAAAAUGCAAGACUCAGGAGACAACAAGAGCAGUUAAGAAUGGCGGCAGCAAAUCAGCAACCAAAAAAGAAGACACUUCAACGGUCUUCCACAGCUCCAUUUUGAGAAAUCUACAAGUCCUUAUCUCUCUUUUGGUGAUUGAGAGAGGCUUUCAUGAAGAAGUGAAAAAAUGGAAAAAGUUUGUACUUUUUUUUUUUAGCUAUAAGUAUAACUAAGCUAAAUCUGUAGAACCAAGAUCUUGCAGGGUAAAUAAGUAGUAAAAAAACAAGAAAAAAAAAACAGAAAGAGUAAAGGAUCUUUCCAUUUCCUAAGGCACAUGAACACCUGUCCUGGGCCUCUCUCCUCCUUGUUCUGUCAUUUUCUUAUUUAAACUCUUUUCACUUCUGUACUAACAACUUGUAUUUUUGUAGUAAUGCUACUUAGUACUUCCUCUUCUAAUGCUAGUUUGAAAACAUUACCUGUUAUAUUUAAUGUUUAACCCAUUUGGUUCUCAAAAGAAGCAAAGGUUUCAAGUGACCAAUAGACAAAACAGUGCUCCACUUAAAUGAUGACAUUACCAAAGAGAAAGCUAGAAGGUAACCACCUAUCACUGAACAUUUAUUUUUUUUUCUGCCUCAUU